GCAGGCCGGGAUACAGGAGGAGCGGUCAGCUGGUGGAUUGGUGACGUGUGCGGCUCUGACACCAUGGCUGACGGGAGCCGACAGGCCAAGCUGGCGGCCGCCAAGAAGAAGUUAAAGGAAUUCCAGCAGAAGAAGACUUCACCGGCUCCAGGAGCCAGAAGGAAGAGAAGGACAAAAGAUGAUGGAACUGAAACAGCAACAGCUCCCGCAGAGAAUGACCAAGAAAAUUGUGAGAUGCCCCUGCAGAACAUUCUGAAGGCGCUGGUUGCAGACUGCAGUAAGUCCAAUGGGGUAUCUCUUCCUUCAUUGGACAGGCUAAAGGCUUGCUUGGAGAAUGACAUUGAUAAACUUGGUAGUGAACAGAAGGUUGACGAGACUACAAUUGCUCAUAUCGACACCUCCAGCAGCGGCUUGCCAAAUACAACAAUUGUAACACCACAUGCAAGACAGAAUGAAACACUCAACCAGAUGUUACAUCCAACUGGACAUGAAGACCAAAGUGAAGAAGGCAGGGGUGUCUCUUCCACAGAAAGCCUUCGACAGUUGUCUGCUCAGUUAAAUGGUUUGGUGACUCAGACAACUUACGUGAAUGGUGAAACUGGAGUUUGUACCAUCAACCCUAAAGAACUGGAGACACGAAACCAAGAGCUGACUGUAGCCCUUGACUCCAGCAAUUUAUCAAAUAAAGAAUUAUGUGCAAAGAUAGAGGAAUUGAAACAACACAACAAAGACCUCAGUGGUCAGCUGGAGAAGGAAAAGAGAGAUUCUGAACAGAAGUAUUUCAAGGAGCAAGUGUCUAUGAGAGAACAGCUACAAGUUCACAUCCAGACCAUUGGAAUUUUGGUAUCUGAGAAAUCGGAGCUUCAGACAGCUUUGGUUCACACACAGCAGGCAGCAAGGCUUAAAUCAGGUGAAGUGGAAGACCUAAGUAACAAGUUGCAGUCAUCGCGGCAAAGAGUGGCAGAACUGGAACGAACACUGUCCUCCGUCUCAUCCCAACAGAAACAGUCUGACAAAAUAAGCAAAGAGCUUGAAAAAGAGCGAGAGAAUCUUAAACAGGAAGUCUAUAGACUAAAUAAAAUGAGUGAAGAGGUAAAACAACAGAACUCUGAGCUCUCAGAACAACUGCGGUCCAGGGUAUUAGAAAAUGACACAAUGAAAAAUAAUAUUGAAGAUCUGCACAAGAAACUGGAAAUGGCUGAGCUGAUGGUUCAACAGUUCUCAGAUCAGUCGGGGUUGCCAGAUGUUAAUCAGCAACUACAUCUGGUUCUUGAGGAAAAAACUCAUUUAGAGGCACAGUUGAUGCAAGUGUCAGAGUCGUUACGGCUACUUCUUGCCGAAAGAGAUCAGUACGCUCAGAAACUACAGGAGGAAGGCAGUGUCUGGCAAGAGAAAGUUCAACAGCUUGCAGCACAAGUGAAUGCACUUUCAGAGGAGAAAAAACAAAAUCUCAAGCAAAUGCAGGAUCUAGAAGCAUCAUUGACUGACCUUAAGAGUAGAUCAGAAAUACAUUGUGAGGUCAGUGAAAGCCAGACCACACCACAGCCCGAAGGCCCCACAGAGCAAGAGAGAUUGCUGGAGGAGAAUGUUAAACAGCUGCAACGAGAGAAGGAGGAGUUGUACACUCAAUACCAGGCACAGGUGUGUGACAAUGAGCAGCUGAGUCGUUUGAACCAAGAGCAAGAAGAGAGACUGCAGGAACUGGAACGGACGGUAGAGCGCUACAAUGAUGAUUCUGUGGACCGGAAGCAACUGCUGGAAAAUAUGCAGAAUGACAAAGCUACGAUAAGCAGGGCGCUAACACAAAAUCGUGACCUCAAGGAACAGCUAGCGGAACUUCAAAAUGGAUUUGUCAAACUUACCAACGAGAAUAUGGAACUUACCAGCGCCUUACAGUCAGAGCAGCAUGUAAAAAAGGAGGUGGCUCGGAGGAUUGGAGAGUUGCAAGAAGAUGUAAUGGAUUUGAAAGAAAAGCUUGAACUGAAGUCGCAGGAAGCUCAGGCCUUGCUGGGUCAGAGGGAUCAAUUUUACACUCAUCUACAACAGUACACGGCAGCCUAUCAGCAGCUGGUGGCUGAGCGAGAGGAGCUGCAAAAACAGAAUCUGCUGCAGACACAUCUCAUGGACAGGCUGCAGCAUGAUGAAGUGCAAGGGAAAGUCCACAUUGAAUUGAACCAGAAGGACCUUAUGAUGACAAAGGAGCAGUUGGAACAGUUGAACAAGGAAAAUGAAGAACUAAAGGCACAGAUCAGCACAUUGACAGCAGAACUGAAUGAGAUCAGCCCACAGCUGAGAGUUGAAGGUGAUGGAGUGGAAAGUGAUGGUGUUCUGCCAGAUAGAAUUCAGAGACCCCAUAUUACAAUACCCGAAGAACUGGAAAAUAAAGAAGAAAUGGUUGAUUUCCUGAAAUCAGCACUAAGCCAACUGCAACAGGAAAGAGAUCAACUCACUCUGCAGUUCUUAGAUCAGAAGCAGCAGCAUCAGAUCCUACUGCAACAAAUGUAUGCCCUAACGCACAAGCACAACGAUUCCAGAGGAGCUACAGAAGCAGAGAGUGAUGCAGACACAGUGCCAGCAGAGGUGCAUGAGGCUUUGAAAGCUGCUAUGGACCAGCUGCAGGUUCGAUUCACAACCUUGAUGCAGGAGAAGGUAGAUCUAAAGGAACGAGUGGAAGAGCUGGAGCAUCGCUGUGUGCAGUUGUCUGGGGAAACCGAUACUAUAGGCGAAUAUAUUGCACUUUACCAGAGUCAGAGAGCCAUUCUUAAACAGAGGCACACAGAAAAAGAAGAGUACAUCAGCAGGUUGGCUCAGGAUAAGGAAGAAAUGAAGAUGAAGUUGGCAGAAUUACAACAGCUGGUGUUGAGGUUGGUGGGAGAAAGGAAUGAAUGGUACAAUAAAUAUGUCAGUUCCACAAAGCUGUCAACGCACCCAUUGGCAGAUGAAGCACUGCACCAGGAUUUACUGGAUGAAGGAUUGGAGUUAACUUCCACACGUACAGAAGAACUACAAGACAUCAGCUUGGCAGAUGAUACAGAAUCUCCAGCAAUUUCACUGAGCACCCAUCCAUCCAGCACAGUCCCUGUUCUAAAAGAAAACUUGUCCUCUGAGGACCACACUACUAAACAGAUCAUGCAACUUCUUGAAGAAAUCCAGAACCCGCAGGCCAGACAGAGCUCAUCCCUGAACUAUUCCACCAGUAUUCCCUUCUUUUACAGGCCUGAUGAAAAUGGCGAAGUGAAAAUUGUAAUCGUCUAGAGAUGCUUUUAAGCACAGGGAAUAUAAUAUUUUGAUUUUGUGGGAGAGGUUUGUAAAUUGGUGGAGAUUUAAAUAAAAAAAGUGAUAAUAUGGCAGAAUGCGAGAAAUGAGACCAGAGGCCAUGGUUCUACAAAGCAACAGUGUUAAUCUCGCAUGUUCUCUUAUAGUGGUACAUCAGACAGAUUGCUAUAGUUCUAUACUGAGUUCAUGAAUUUCAGUAAAUAGUUGCUAUGAGACCCUACAAACAAUCAUUUAGAUUACAAAAUUCUAAAAAUCGUACUUAAAUAAUUCCCCUUCCCUGCACCUAAGAUACAAAUUCUUAUAAUUCUCAAGUAAAAUAGGUAGGGUUGUCCCAAUCAGUAGCCAUUUGACCUGUUUGCAAUUGUAGACUAAUUACAUUGUAUCCUCAAGACUCUUUGGAAACUCAGUGCAUUUCUUGUUACAACCAGAAAGCGAUAGGGAAUUGUGAAAAUAUAAUAAAUCUGAAAUAGAUUUGUCCGGCCAUUUUAUAUAUUAAGAAUUUAGAAGAAAAACAGUUUAUUUUUUUAAGCUGCUGAAAAAAUAGUACUUUUUACUUUACAAAUGCAUUUUGUAGAACUAUCCCAAUGGCUAGCAGGUAAAAGCAUUGCCAUAUGUGUGGAAUUAAUCCCAUCUAGACCAAAGGCUGCCAGGUUUGAUCUUGCUAUUGCUGAUAUCAGCUAGAGAAGCCACCAGUGUUGCUGCAUGUACCUCUUUGCACCUCAGUAGGGAUUGGGAAGAAGAGGGAGGAAAGAAUGUUCAGCCAGGAUUGUUUCUUCUGAUCGCUGCCAGAGGGUGUGACUACAGGGUUGUCAGGCAAAGACGGUGACUGACUUAGCCUCGGCAAAAUUGUCUCCUGACUCUCAUUGCCCCAGUCUCAUACGUGAAGAAUGCAACAACUGAUGAGGUUCCAGAGGGCUAUUAUCACCCUUCGAACCACAGGAAGGGGAGGUGGGGGUAUUAUUAGGGGAAAAUAAAUGCAUUUCUAAAGAAGGUAUUGAGUUGAAGUAGAAGUCGAUAACAUAUACUUUUCAGGAGAGCUAACAGAUCUGUUUUCCUUUUCACUGUACAUCCUCAGUGGUCUAUAACUGAGUGCACCACAAAAAUAAAUUAUAUGCUGCAUGUUUCAUGCUGCAGUUUUUAAGAAAGGAACAUCUAAGUUCAGAAAUGUAACAGGGUUGUUAAGAAUGUGCCUGAAUGAGCAUAGCAAGUUGAGAAUGCGUAUUGAUAAUUAUUCUUUACUUUGGGACAGAACACUAAAUCAAUACCAACGCAAUGUGGAGCCUUCAUUCAAAAAAGCACCUUUUGCUUAAAGGGACUUCAACCAUUUAGUCAGUACCAACGGCCAGAUACCUCAACAGCAACUGCUGCUUGCUAACUGGGGCUUCUGUUUGAGCAGGUGAAAUAUUUGCUGCUAUCCUUUUUACUCCAAACCUAUCUCUAACUUGCCAAUAUUCAGUUUUCUUCCAGCUUUACUGAAUUCUGCAUCAUGUGAAGAAAAUAUUAUCCUGCAGUUUUAUUUUAUUGCUCUGGUUUUAAUGAGGUGUAGACUAGUGAAUGUAAUAUAAAUGAGAGGAAAAUACCAGUCACACACUAAACCUCAGUGAUUGUAUGACAGGUUUUACAUAUAACUGAAAUGGAAUGUACCCCAUAAACAAAUCAGUAAAUAAAUUCUGCAAACUCCUGAGCAGCUGGGAGUUCUGAUUUCGAUGGAGGAUAUACUUUCAUUCCCUACUGCCGAACAGUUCUUUUAAUUCCUCAAUAUUUUAAUGAUUCACCUUCUGGUCCUUAAGCAAUUCCAUUUCACCCUCUCAGUUAAUUAAGUAUUAGGAGAAUGGAAGCACUUGGACUUCGACUGGUUACCUGCACGUGAGCAGAGUGUGGCGAAGUGAUUGUAUGUGGACGGAUUUUGAAGUGUGUUUGGUUGCCUGUGAACGAUUAAAGUGUAAUGUUGUGCUAUGGUUGGUUACCUAUACAUGGGUAGAAGGUGAAGAUUUAUGCGUCUGGUUAAACGUUACUGAAAGAUAGAAAAUAUGGAUUUUUUUUAAAAGUACAUUCUCUUUAAUAGUUGAUUGUGUUUGGAAAAUGAUUUGGCUAAACAUGGUGAUAUGAGGUUGGUGAGCAGGGAAGAGAGAUCGAGUGCCAAUUUAAAUGCAUGGUUUAGAAGUUACUUUGGUGAAAAUAUUGUCUAUCUAAAGUAUUCCAACAGACUGAGACUUGUGGGUGGGGGCUGUACACUGGCUAUCCUUACUGCCUUGGUAUGAAAUACCAUCACCAAUUCUGUAGUUGCUUUAUGCUGAUCCCCAAGCUUUGGGUUUUCUACUUCAUGUGAAAGUGUCACCCUGAGCCAGUGAUGGAUGCAUGAGCUCUUCUGUGUACUACAUUGAAUUCAGUUUAAUGGUAAUCAGAGCAGUGGCUAAAUUUUGAACAUCUUGAGAACGAAGAAUAUUUAAUGAAGCCUCCUUAGUUAAGGAAGUUUUCCUUAAGUCAGGAUUCCAAAUUUGACUGUUCAUUUUUCCAGCUGAUUUAUUAGUUAUUUUCAUUUUACGAAGCUGAGUCCCCAUUUCUUUUUAAUAAAAACACCCCUUGGAGCACAACAGUAAAUGUGAUGGUGGUGUGCUAUUGUUUUAAUGGUUGAUAUUCCCAGUGGAGGUUGGGAAAAGUUGCUUUUGGUUUACUGUUGCACAUUGUUGCAAAGUGAGGGAGGCAAAAGCAAAAGGCCACAAGACUCAACUUGUUUCUGGAACACAGUUAUGUUCGGAGUUGCCAUACUGUAUAAAAUAAAAUUAAAGACAAAGAUUGAUAUAAAGCCUUGCAUUGCAAGGAACAAAUAAUUCUGUAAAUAGUGUAUGUGUGUAACAUUUUGUAAAUUCAUUGCGAAGGAGAGAAGGGCAGCAAUUUAAUCUGUUGCUCAUGAUGUAUAUCCAUAACUUGAAUCUAAUUAAAAGGAAGCGGGGGAUAUGAUUUCAGUAUAUUGCGGUAUUUAUUUGGGGAUGAAGAAUACAUUUUAAAGAAUGAGACGAGAAACACAUAGAAAAAAAAUUGUCUGCAUUAUAAUACUGAUGUGGUCCUGUUAGACUUUCUUGUAUAAAUAAAUUGAUUCAAUAAAUUGCACUC